GAACGCAACGAUUGAGGACGAUUGUUACCGAUUGCCAACAAAUUGGAUCGUGGCGAUUGCAGGUUAAUCGUUUGAUUCCUCAAGCAAAUUUUAUUUGCUGAUUUGUAUUAUACGCAUUUUUAUACUGAACUACAUUCUUAUUUGAUAACUCUUUUGAACACGUCCUGCACCAGUUUCAUAUUAUUCUGAAAUAAUGGCAGACCAAUUAAAUCCUGAUCAAAAGUAUGAAUUAUUAUCUAGAAAUUUGCAAGAAGUGCUUGGUGAAGAUAAGAUCAAAACCAUAUUGAAGGAAAGAGAUCUAAAAAUAUAUUGGGGCACAGCAACUACUGGAAAACCCCAUGUUGCCUAUUUUGUACCAAUGUCAAAAAUAGCAGAUUUCUUGAGAGCUGGUGCUGAAGUAACUAUUCUUUUUGCUGAUCUACAUGCCUACUUAGAUAAUAUGAAAGCACCAUGGGAGCUGCUAGCAUUGAGAACUCAAUACUAUGAACAUUCAAUUAAAGCCAUGCUUAAGUCAAUUGGUGUCUCUACUGAAAAAUUGAAAUUUGUAAAAGGCACUGACUAUCAGUUAUCUAAGGAAUAUACCCUUGAUGUUUAUAGAUUAAGUUCAGUGAUCACUGAACAUGAUGCUAAAAAGGCUGGUGCUGAAGUAGUUAAACAGGUAGAUCAUCCUCUAGUAAGUGGACUUCUGUAUCCAGGACUGCAAGCUUUAGAUGAAGAAUAUUUAAAAGUUGAUGCACAGUUUGGUGGCAUUGAUCAAAGGAAAAUAUUUACUUUUGCUGAAAAGUAUCUUCCCCAAUUAGGUUACCAAAAGAGAGCUCAUCUUAUGAAUCCCAUGGUUCCUGGUUUGACUGGGGGGAAAAUGUCUUCUUCAGAAGAUGAGAGCAAGAUUGACUUACUGGACAGCCCAGCUAAUGUUAAAAAGAAGUUGAAGAAAGCAUUCUGUGAACCAGGAAACAUCACCAAUAAUGGUGUAUUAUCUUUUGUGAAACACGUUGUAUUUCCACUUCUUGCAAAGGACGAAAAGUUUGUGGUACCGAGAAACGCAGAUUAUGGCGGUGAUAUAGAAUAUGAUAACUUCGAGUUACUAGAAGCCGGAUUUGCUAAGGAAGAAAUACAUCCUGGUGAUUUGAAAACUGCUGUAGAAAAUUAUAUCAAUCGCUUAUUGGAACCAGUAAGAAAAGUUUUUGAAGAGCCUUCAUUGAAAGCUCUAGCAGCUAAGGCCUAUCCUGCACCAGGAAAACAGAAAGCUGCUGCUAUUGUUGACGAAGUUGUUCCAUCGCGUUUGGAUAUCCGUAUAGGUAAAAUCGUGGAGGUGUCUCGUCAUCCAGACGCUGAUGCUUUAUAUGUAGAAAAAAUUGACUUGGGCGAAGAAACACCCAGAACAAUUGUUAGCGGAUUAGUCAAUUAUAUUCCUAUUGAAGAAAUGCAAAAUAGAAUGGUGGUUGUCCUUUGUAAUCUGAAAGCUGCGAAGAUGCGUGGCGUUGAAUCCCAGGGCAUGGUUCUUUGCGCUUCAACAGAUGAACCUAAGCAAGUGGAAACUUUAAUACCACCAGAAGGUGCCAUUGUUGGUGAACGCGUUUUUGUUGAAAACUUCGAAGAUGGUCAACCGGAUGAAGUUUUAAAUCCGAAAAAGAAAGUAUGGGAUAAACUUCAAGUCGAUCUGAAAACAAGCUCCGACUGCUUUGCUCAAUGGCAAGGCAAUAACCUAUUAACUAAGAGCGGUGGAAAACUACGAAGCAAAACUUUAACUGGCGCACCGAUUAAAUAAACGCAUGAAACGAAUCAAUGUAUCUCUACAUUCACAUUAUUUAUUGAGUAAAUGCAAUAAUAUACAAA